AUGAGCUCGAACGAAUUUCUUAGUAUAAAAAUAUCCGUAGACGACUCGGAGAAUCGCGAAGCGGCGGAAAGAAAUCUCGAAAACUUAGAUUUCGACGCCCAAAGAAACUUAGUAGUUAACUUGAUAACGUCUAUGAACGAAGAUGUAAGGGAGCGAGAUAAAGUGAAGAGAGAUAAGUCAUCACACCCACUCCUGCACAUUAAGCUGUCCACGAGACUGGAAUCGCAGCUAAUAUCCGCAAUGAAUCACAUGGAAGUGCUGAAAAAAAUAAACACGAAGCUGCAGUCGAACAAGAAAAAGAAGCUAAAAUACACAGACGGAGAGCUGAUGGCUUUCGAAGACACAAUCAACAAUCUGAACGAAAACCUUCUGAAUCUAGAAAACGCAAUACGCUACAGAUCGUCGACAGUAAAAAAGUCAAAGGUAGAUUUAAAUUUAAAAUCAGUGUCAUUUGACAAAGAGGCCCUGACAAUGGAGGAGCAGAACUACGUCGCAGAGUCAAUAAAAAGGUGGAACGAGAGAGACCAGGACUUUGACAAUCAGUUAAAGGAAAUCGGAGAAGCAGUGGACAGAAUAGGAGAGGUGGCAAUUAACAUCGGAGCACGAGCUCAGGAGCAAGCGAAAAACGCAAUAAAUACAGUAACGCAAGUGGAGAACACAACAAAGGGGAUCUCAGAUGUAACCCUGAAGAUAAAGAAGCUGCUGGGCAGACAGAGGAUGAUGGAGUGUUACGUGCGAUUCAUACUCAUAGUGCUCGUGCUGGUGCUGGCAGGAAUACUGAUGUACAUGGUUAUUAAAAAAUUGAGACACUAG